AUGUUGGGUAUGGGGUUGCAGGUCAUGCGUGCCCGCGGAGAAGACCGAUUCUACGACCCGGCCAGAGCCCGUAGAGCUCACCAGAACCAGAAAGCCGAGCAACUUCGGCGAGCUCAGAGCAACGUCACGCCAAGCCAAUCGCCUUCGCUCAAGGGUAACCCUAACUGGGAACCCGAGAACAUGGUCGUGUCAGAUGACCCUCCCAAGCCCGUCGCCGUGCCUGCUUUUGAGCCCGUUGUCAAUCCCUUGAGUAAUCUCGAGCGGUUCUUGCAGUCGAUCUCACCACAAAGAAAAUUACCCUUAUACUUUAAUGGUGGGAAUGUGGGCAGGUGA